UGAACUGGCGCGAUUCCUCACUCUCACACCAUUUUUUCUUCUUCUUCUUCGUCUUCUUCUCCUUUGAAGGGCUCUAGGGCUUUUGAUUUGGACUAGCUCCUAGUUUAGUAACUGUGGGAAUGUCUACCGAGGGCUCGAUGGACAGCGUCGACGAACGCACCUCCUCAAAGCGAAAGCUCGACAAUUACGCCGGUGAGGAUGAUUUCUCAUCGAACUUCGUCUCAGUUAGGUUGAGGAGAGAUGAAAAUGAUGCUGUCAACACCACCUGCGCCUGUCCGACUGAUCCGCCUCUUGUUGAUUCGAUGGUUUCUGAUGCCUAUUCAGGGCGCUGCGUUUCACCAUCAGGUUCUCUUUACUCACUUCAAUUCUUUGUUAGAAUGCUCUCCGAAGGUAAGACCCUGGUUCUACGCGCCAAUCCGAAUGAUACAAUUAAAAUGGUACUGGAGCGCAUUCAAGAGAUUACGAGAAUUCCGGCAACAGAGCAGAGGUUGAUUUAUGGGGGCAGGCAUCUCCAAUUGGAGAAAUCAUUAGCUGAAUGCUCCAUUCAGAAUGAUGCCGGGCUUCAUUUGGUGAGUCGGAUGCGUAGCACAACUCACCCGCUAGCUUGGCGGGUGGUAAAUGAGAUGGUUUCGGCAGUUUGGCGGAUGUCCCGGGGUGAACUUUCACCAUCCUCGAAGUUUAUUCAGUCAAGACUACUGAAAUUCUUGAACUUGACUCCUACAGAGGACAAGGAAGAAGCUUUGGGGCACUUCGAUACAUUUUUAGCUUCUUCUGCCCCUGCAGCUUUGGUUAUGCUCUACAUGUCGCCGCACGAGGGUAUCAAGGAGUGCGCCGAGCAAUCAAUUAGGCAAUUUAUUUGUGCUUUUACACCUGUCAUGCCAUAUAUGCUUUCACUUGGUGCACCCAUAUUGUUAGAAUUUUGUAAGUUACUUAGCAGAGAUUCUCAUGAUGACCCUCUAUAUAUUUUCUGUAGAAGUAGUCUUGCUCUGAUGAUGGAUGAUAUCAGUAUCGGAUGGGGCUCAAGAAAUAGAUUUAGCUAUGACCAUUUGAUUGUAGUUCAAGAUAUUAUCCCAUUCAUUACAGAACUUGCUGCUAGUAUAUCUAAUGGUCUUUUGUUAAGUGUGAAGUCACCCACUAGCAAUAAACUGUGUGCCUGUGAUGUCCGUGAUUUCAAGGCUUUCUUGCUGCCGAUACGAACUGCAAUCAGCGAGCAGAUUGGGUUCCCUGCGCCUUUUUCUGAGAAUGGUUAUAACCUUCCUUGUUAUGACGAAGAGAUUAACUCCAUUCACGAUAUUUAUACUAAUUUAUUGGAAAAGAUGGAACUCUGCCUCCAGAAUGUGGAAGAGUGCUUGGCCAUGAAACAGAAAAAGGAAGGUGAACUUCUUGAUCAAGGAUGGUCUCAAUAUCUUUCUAUUUUGGAGGAAUUAAAUUGCAUGUCUGAACUCUACCAGGAUGCUGAGGCCCAAUUUUGGUUAAAAUUGAAGUGUAGAAAGGUUUCUAUUUGUUACCUCAUCACUAGAUACGCCAAAAGAAGUGAUUAUUUUGAAUGGAUUUUGGAAAACAAAGAUGUGACAGAUUUUGAGUCAAGAAGGCAUCUAGUGAUGAUGAUGUUUCCUGAACUGAAGGAUGACUCUGAAGAUCUUUUGGAGAUGCUCAUUGAUAGGUCAAAAUUGUUAAAUCAGUCAUUUGAGUAUAUUGGACUAGUAGAUCCUAAUGCAUUACGUGGCGGUUUAUUUUUGGAGUUCAGGAAUGAGGAAGCUACAGGGCCUGGUGUAUUGAGAGAGUGGUUUUUAUUGGUAUGCCAAGAAAUUUUUGAUCCACAGAAUGGUCUUUUCUUAGCUUGUCCACAUGAUCGCAGACGAGUUUUUCCUAAUCCUGCAUCCAAGGUGAAGCCCAUGCACCUUGAAUACUUUAGCUUCUGUGGCAGGUUAAUUGGCCUAGCCUUGAUGCAUAAGGUGCAGGUUGGCAUUAUACUUGAUCGUGUGUUUUUCUUGCAAUUGGCUGGGAAGCAUGUUACCUUGGAAGAUACUCGGGAUACAGAUCCAUUUCUGUACAACAGUUGCAUGAAAAUUCUGGAGAUGGAUCCAGAGAUGUUAGAUUCAGAUGCUCUAGGUCUAACAUUUGUUUGGGAAGUAGAAGAGCUAGGAUCCAGGACAAUUGUGGAGCUUCGUCCUGGUGGGGAAAACAUUGCUGUGUGUAGUAGGAACAGGCAGGAGUAUGUUGAUCUUGUUAUUCAACAUUGUUUUGUCACGUCUGUCAGUAAGCAGGUAGCCUACUUUUCUCGAGGGUUUGCUGAUAUUCUUUGCAACUCAAACCAGCGAAAAAUGUUUUUUGAGUAUUUAGAGCUUGAAGAUCUUGACUGGAUGCUGCGUGGGAGGGGGAGUGCUAUUUCAAUCAAUGAUUGGAAGGCACACACCGAUUAUAAUGGCUACGAAGAAACUGAUCCACAGAUACGCUGGUUCUGGAAGAUUGUUGCAGGAAUGUCGGGAGAGGAGAGAAAGAUCCUACUCUUUUUCUGGACGUCGGUGAAAUAUCUACCGGCAGAGGGGUUCCGUGGCUUGGAUAGUCGGCUGGCCAUCUACAAGUCUCUGGAGUCUUACGACCACCUCCCCUCGUCUCACACAUGCUUCUACCGCUUGUCUUUGCCAGCAUAUCCAUCUAUGGCUGUCAUGAAGGCUCGCCUUCGCACGAUCACCCAGGAGUGUGUUAACGGGGGCUUUGGUACUGGGUAAAUAUUAUCAUCUGGUGCUGCCUUCUUGUACAGAUUACCCCCCCCCCUCCCGAGGGGGGGGUGUUGUGGCGCCGGCUGUGUUUGAUCCUUUUCCAAGACUGAAUUAACAUUCGCAAACCGGCUUAUUGUCUGUCACCCAGAACUCUGAAUUUUUUUAUUCAAAGUCCUAAGAGUUAUUAUCA